UUUAAACAAAACAAAUAUGGCGGUAACUAGUAGAGUCCGGAUGACGUCAGUCGAGCACAAGGUAACGUGUGGGGGUGAAAAUUUAUCAAAUAAUGAAGAUCCAGAGCUGCUUAUAUUUAUUAUUUAAAUUUAAAAAAGUAUCUGAGAGAUGAUUGGUAGACGUUGUGCUCUAGUUGCUCUUGGCGGGCUUUUAAUUCUAGUUUUAACUGUUAAUAUUUAUUUUAUACUAAUGAUUGUUGACAAUUCAUCGAAUAAAUUGUACGGGAGGAAUUCACCAGUUGCCAAUGACAAAAUACAGGAUAAUAGUUAUGAUAAUAAUAAUAAAGUAAACAGUGAUAAUAAUAAUAAUGUUAACAUUAAUGGCAAUAAUGAUAAAUCACGAGAAAAAAAAUCAUUGACACAUGAAAUUGAAGAAAAAAUAAAAGCUGAGAUGAGAUUACUGCCGUCAAAAUAUUUUAAACGUAACUCUAGUUACGCUUUGUUACUUGAUAGAUUACUAGUGGAAUUGAAAAUUAUGCCAAAUACUCAGGAUGACAUUUGGAGUAUUCCCAAUAAUAAUUGGCCAGAUGCGCAUCAUUUACUACCACCUGCAGCUCCAGAAUUGGGAACAAUUUUAAACGCGUUGCGUAAAACUAAAAUAAUAAAAGUAUCAAAUGCCCAAGUGGGAACACAACUCAAGUUGAUGUUGACACUAGAGCCAAACGUCAAAGCGUUAUUUAAACCCCAGUGGUACAGUAGAGAUACUAUUUUACACGGUCCAGUUUACUUUGGCAAAGACAGACACAAUGCGGAAGUUGUUGCUUUCCAUUUGUCGUCUCUGCUCGGCCUACGACGUGUUCCUCUGACCGUUAUCAGAAAACUGAACCUCAAAGAAGUGCAGAGCAAAGCUACAGCAGAGGUAUCAGCGACGAUGUUCGAAGAAGCCAACGAGACGUGUUUGUAUGGCGUCUGUCAUUAUUGUUCAGCAUCGGAUCCAGUUUGUGGGGUAAAUAAUAUCCUCGAAGGCUCUUUGAUACUCUGGUUACCUUCCUCGCUGAAGCUUUUCAAACAUCGACAUCCUUGGCAGCGAACUUACAAACGUAAUAAAUUCGCCCAAUGGGAAACUAAUCAAAAUUAUUGUGAUAAGGUAAAGGAAAGCAAAACUUAUGCUCCACAUGCCUCUAGUCGACUCCUCGAUUUAAUAGAUACCGCAAUAUUCGAUUUUCUGCUGGAUAAUGGCGACCGCCAUCACUACGAAUUAAUGCAGAAUAAUUUUCAUAAUCCCGCUGUGUUAUUAAUUGAUAAUGGAAAGAGUCUGGCGAAUCCUGACGUCGAUCAUAUUGAUAUAUUAGCGCCGCUGUACCAGUGCUGCAUGAUCCAUAAAACAACGUGGGAUAGGCUGCAAUUACUAGGCGGAGGAGCUUUAAGUGCUUCAUUGAGGCAACUUCUGGUUCAAGAAGCCGUAGAAUCCGACGUUCUUCCCCUAAUCACUGAAGAUUAUCUCAGUGCGAUGGAUAGGAGAUUACUUACCAUCUAUGCGGUCGUCGAGUACUGCUUGAAACUUAAAAAAUAUCCAUCUAAUGUUAUUUUAGAUCAUCGAUAACUUAAAUAGAUUAUUUAUUUUAAUUUAUAUUUAUUAUUACCUGGGAUAGAAUACUCAGAUAUGGUCAUAUAUGAACCACAUGUUUAAAUUCAGCUUCAAAUCUAACCACAAAUGUAUAGAUAUGAAGUCUCAAACCUGAUUAUAUGUGAUGAGAUAUGAGUAUUUUAAGUAUCUGAUCGGAUUUCUUCAUAUAUGAUUAGACGAGGUCAUUUUUCAUAUUUUUUCUGAUGAAAAUCUUGGUAUCUGAUCAUGUAUGGUCAGAUACGGUUAAUUGAACAAAUACCUGAUCAGAUAUGUCUUCAUAUCUGAUCAUAUUCAUGUAUAUGAUCCUCAUAUAGUUAAUUCUAUAUAAUCAGAAAGGGUUAUCUUUCAUAUCUGAUUAGAUAUGAGUUGUAAAACCUGAUUAUAUAUGAUCAGAUGUGUUUACUUUAAGUAUCUGAUCUUAUUUUUAUCAUAUCUGAUUAUGUAUGAUUAGAUAAGGUCAUUUUUUACAUCUAUUCUGAUGAAAAUCUUGGUAUCUAAUCUUGUUCAUGUAUAUGAUCAUCAUAUAGUUGAUUAUAUAUAAUCAGAUAAUAUUAUUUUUCAUAUUUUAUAAGACUUCAGUCUUCAUACCUGAUCAGAUACGGUUACUUUUCAUAUCUAAUCAGAUAUAAAUUUUCGUACCUGAUCAUAUGUGAUCAGAUAAAGUCGCGUUUUAUAUGUAAUUAGAUGUAAAUUUUUAUGCCUGAUCAUAUAUGAUCAGAUAAAGUUUUUUUGAUAAAUCGGAUCAAGUAUGUGUUUAUAUCUGAAUAUAUAUGAUCAGAUAUUUUUUUUUUAUAUCUAAUCAGAUAUCAUUUUUCAUAUCUGAUUAUAUAUGAUCAGAUACGGGUUUUUUUAAGAAAAUCUGAUCGAGUAUGUGCUUAUAUGUGAUCAUGUAUGAUCAGAUACAGUUACUUUUCAUAUCCAAUCAGAUAACAUUUUUUUUUAUAAUAUUCAAAUAUCUGUUUAUAUCUGAACAUAUAUGAUCAGAUACAGUUACUUUUCAUAUCUAAUCAGAUAUCAUUUUUCAUAUAUGAUCAGAUAUAUAUUUCAUAUAUAUCAUAUAUGAUCAGAUAAUGUUUUUUUAAAUAAUAUCUGAUCACAAAUGUGUUUAGAUAUGAUCAUAUAUGAUCAGAUACAGUUAAUUUUCAUAUCUAAUCAGAUAUCACUUUUCAUACCUGAUCAUAUAUAUCAGAUAAGGGUUUUUUUUAUAAUAUCUGAUCAAAUAUGUGUUUAUAUCUGAACAUAUAUGAUCAGAUAGAGUUAUCUUUCAUAUCUGAGUACUUUAUUUCGAGUAAUCACUGCCGAUGUAUAAAAUU